AUGGAGAACUUAUCCAUCAUAGUCAGCUUUGAGCUGACACUAGAUCCUUUUUGCAUCCCUCCAGGAGUCAGAUAUGCUAUAUUUUUUGUUGGCAUCUCUGUGUACUUUCUUAGCGUUAUUUGCAAUGUGACUCUAUUGUUUCUCAUUGUGAUGCAUAAAGGUCUCCACAAGCCAAUGUAUUUUAUUCUGUUCAGUCUUCCCCUGAAUGAUCUUGUUGGUAUCACAUCAAUGUUCCCCAAGGUUCUCUCUGACAUUUUAACAGAAACCAACUACACAUAUUAUCCUCUCUGUGUGUUUCAGGCUUUCUUACUCCACAUGUAUGGUGGCAAUGUUUUGUUUAUCCUGGCUGCCAUGGCUUUUGAUCGUUACGUUGCAAUUUGUAUGCCACUACGAUACAAUGCUAUCAUGACACCGAAAGUUGUGAUGGGAAUUAUUGCUCUUGUGUGGGGUCUUGAUCUUUCAUUCAUUGUCGUGUUGUUCUCGUUGCAGGGAAUGCAUUCUAGAUGCAGGUCUCACAUUGUGAAUGUGUUUUGUAAUAAUCCCUCUCUCCUUAGGCUCACCUGUAGUGACACCACAGUUAAUAACAUUUUUGGCUUAUUUGUAACCACAGCAAUGCAAAUUAUUACUAUUUCUAUUCAAGGAUUUUCUUAUGUGAGAAUUUUGCUCACAUGCUUGGCCACAAGCAGGUCUGAAGCAAAGAGGAAAGCCAUCAAUACCUGUCUGGCUCAACUGGCUAUCUUUAUCAUAUAUGAAACAGUUGGAACUUUCACUAUUUUGUCAUACAGGUUCUCAGUUAAUCCAGAUCUGCAAAAGAUUAUGGGGAUGCUUGUCUAUUUAGUGUCUCCACUUGUUAAUCCAAUUGUGUAUGGAUUGAACAGCCAUGAAGUACGAACAAAUCUCUUAAAAGUCUUUAAAAGAAAAAUAUCCAUGUAA